CUGUUUUAAAAACCUUUUCGGCCUUUCGAAAUCAAUGGUGGAUUACGACUUUAUUAUUGCGAAUAAAAGAGUGAAUUUCGACAUGUAUAAAGAGACCUUCAUUAAAUUCAUUGAGGAUAAUCAAAAUUCAUCUAAUAAUCCUGUUAGAAUAUUAGAUGCAGAAG